UCCACUUCAGAUCCACCCGCUAAUAUAAUAACACUCAGUACGUUGGGUACCUUGCUUGAAACGAACGACAACUAAUAAACAAACGUGAAAAUGUCAAAAGAAAAUGAAGUACCGGAUGAUGUAGAAUCUUUAAUGGCUUCGUUGGAUCAGUUGGGAGCAGAAAAUACAGAGACAGACUCAAAACCCGAUGAGAAAGAAUCUACUGAAAAGAAUGAACAAGCAGAUGCUCCCGAAAACGAAAAGGAAAUUUUAGAUUUUUUGGACGAAUUGGAGAACGAAAAGCGUGAAGCGGCUUACAAACAACCCUCUGAAGGUGCUACUACACAAGAAAGUUCCCAAGAUCAAACUGAACCAAAGGAGAAAUCUCGAAACGAGCCAUCUGAUGACCACACUUCCAAGCGGUUCGGCAGCGAGAAUGAAAAAGAGGAGAAUAAUGGUACCAAAGAAGAAAACAAGAGCAAUUGGUUGGGUGGUUUAUGGUCAAGUGCUUCAGCAGCUGUUCGUUCAGCAGAACAGCAUGUUCGUUCAAUCAAAAAUCUUGAAGAAACGGCUCAUUGGGACAGCCAGGUUCGUAAAAUGAUGGACUUGAAUAAACUUGGAGACAUCGGAAAUGGUAUUCGAAGCAAAGCCCUACCAACAUUAAGUCAUACCUUUCAGAAUGUAAUGAAUGUAGUUGCUCCCCCUAUUCAGGAUCAUGAAGUCUUGCAGGUUACGGUGUUUCAUGAUUUAGCUGGCUUUUCUCAUGUGGAUCGAAUUGUUUAUGAUAGUUUUGAUAAUGUUAUGUCUCAAGUAGAGGGUGGUGAUUUGACGGUUUUGUUGGACAAAGAAGCAAAGGUGCGAAGCAGGACUAGCGAUUUGUAUGAGAACUUUGCGUUGUGCAAUGGAUUAUUGGAAGCGAAAAAGCUGGCCAAGGAAAAUUUGGUUGAGCCAAUCCGACAUGCGAAGAAGCAUCUUGAAGAAUCAAACUCGACAAAGUUGAAAGAGGAAAACAACAAGGACAAGGAAGAAUCUUCUUCCAUUCGAGUUACCCAACUGUUGCUAUCCAUUCAAGCAUUUACAAUAAAAUCUAAAGAAAUAUCUGAAACGGAGCAGCUUAGCUUUCUAUUAUGUUUGAAGGAUGUCAACCAUGACCUAGAGUUUUUUACGACAUCACAGCCAAUUCCACUAGAAUGGCACCAGUGGGCUGUUGACGAUCGCUAUGUGCAACUGUUCGGUCCUACAGCUAUCCUACCAAAUGAAUGGGCUAUUCAAUGGACUGAAAAUUGUAUAUCGGUGGCUGCUGGAAUCCUUGCUCAAAUGUACACUUCAAAACGCAUGGCUUUAGGAGAUCCGGCGCUCUUUACAAACAUUGAAAGCAAAAACGAGCAAGAAGAAGAACAGCAAUCUGCUUAUUACGAUGGAUUGGUGUAUACAUAAGCAUGUUUUUAUAAUGGUCUGCAAAACCGAAACUGGUAUCUUUACCUGUUACUAUGAAGAUACUCGAGCAAUUCCUUUUAUUUUUUUUAAAAAAAAAAUUUCUUUAUUCUGCUGUUUUAUUUUUUUCCUCACAUACUUCAGAGUACUGACGAAUAUUGUUGAAGAAGCCCAUCUUUGGUCGAUCUGAUCUGUCUUAUCUUGUUCUUUUUCAUUCCAUUCGUACUCACUAUAAAAACAGUAUGUUUAUAUGGUAAACAAGAAAGCGGAUUUUCGCAAGUCGUGUGAAACCAAAGCGAAUGUAUUUAUUAAUGAUCAACAAUCUAUUCUUUUAUAUCCAAACAUACAAUUACAAACUAAAAGUUGAUAAAACAUAAAUAAAACGCUUCCUGGAGAACCAUCAAGAAGCCCAAAGAACUACUACUGAACGGUGGUAAAACUACGAAACGAGAUAAAUGACAAAAGAACGAAGCCGUUGUGAAGUGUGAAUGGGAGAGAAAAAUUGCCACUUUUCCAGCUUUACGCACAUUUGCCAACCAAAUUCAACCGAAAUUCAUGCUCUUAACGAUGUAGGUACAGCAAAGAUGUUUUUCCUUCUUGAUGUUAGGACUACACAAACUUUGUAUGAUCAAAUAACCCAGCCAUGUGAUCUAACAUGGUAACUCGGUAUAGAAUUCGUAACUGUAGAAACAUAUGAAACCAGUUAUUGUUUUUUAGCAAGAAAGAACUCUGGAAAUUCCAUACAAAAACCAAAAAUAAUGAAAAAACACUAAACAGAUUCCUUUUGUUUACAGGAUUAUCUUUGGAUUUCUAUGUUGCUGUUUAUUUAUAUCCCUGUUACUAUUUACUCUUAUCCAGAACCUAAAACACAAAGUGAUUGGAGGACGUAAAAGGGAGACCGGCCUUAGAUGCCAUGCUCAAGCCACCUGUUACUUCCCGUGCCUCACAACCAACAAACGUGACGUUUCCUUUGUCAUCAAAAAGUAUAUAUAUAUUGACAAGCAAUGUCCGUUCCAGGAUAA